GUUCCUGCCACCUACGGCUCGAAGCUACACGCCCCUGGUCUCGGCAGCUCAGCUCUCGGCUCUGUUCAGAUUUAUUAACCCCCCCCCCGGUAGCGGGGGCGGGUGGAUUCCACCCGCGGGCUGGAGCGGCCGCCAGCUAACCGCGCCUCGCGCCCCCUCGCGCUCCCCGCCGGGCCCCGCAGCCCGCCAGUGACGUCAAGGACGCUGCCCCGGAAGCGCUCGUGUCUUUCCCCGUCUGUGUGUUAUCGCUUCCGGGCGGCGGGUCCCGCCCUUUCCGGUCUGGGCUGGCGGCGAGGUAUCUUCUCUUGCACAUCCCUGUGUGGUAGCAUAUAGAAAAAUAAGAUGCAGAACGACGCUGGGGAAUUUGUGGACCUGUAUGUGCCUCGUAAAUGCUCUGCUAGCAACCGAAUAAUCGGUGCGAAGGACCAUGCUUCCAUUCAAAUGAAUAUUUCUGAGGUUGACAAGGUCACAGGCAGAGUCAAUGGCCAGUUCAAAACUUAUGCCAUAUGUGGAGCAAUUCGUAGGAUGGGUGAAUCUGAUGAUUCUAUUCUGCGUCUGGCAAAAAAUGAUGGGAUUGUUUCCAAGAAUUUCUAACUGAAGAGGCACUCUGAUAUGGAACAUUUUGUUGUAAAAUAAACAGCUUAAACGUA